UGAAUCUGUAAUCGGUGGCCGCCGGGCACCCGGGGCGGAGGCGGCUCGGGCUCGGGCUCCGGAGCUGUGCUAGGUGUGGGCCGCCCCCCACACCACCCUAAGUGAUCAUGGAUCCUGGAGCUGGACCAGAGUCAUCCCUGACUGUCAAUGAGCAGGUCAUUGUGAUGUCAGGCCAUGAGACCAUCCGCGUGCUGGAAGUUGGGGUGGAUGCCCAGAUCUCUGCUGAGGAGGAGGGCAAAGGACUGGAGGGCGUCGCUGCCGAGAGCUCCCAGAGCAGAGGCCCUGCUGAAGCCAGUGAGCCGGCCGGUGACGCCGGGCCAGACAACCCAGACUCCUCUGCAGAGGCAACUGUGAAGUCUCUCCCGGGGAUCCCUCCGAGCCCUGCCCCUGCUGGUGCCACCUUCAGCCAGGCCCCAAGCCAGCCUCAGGCAUCGCAGACCCUGACGCCACUGGCUGUACAAGCUGCCCCCCAGGUCUUGACUCAGGAAAACUUAGCCACAGUUCUGACAGGAGUUAUGGUUCCAGCAGGGGCGGUUACUCAACCUCUUCUUAUCCCCAUCAGUAUUGCAGGUCAAGUGGCUGGUCAGCAGGGGCUGGCCGUGUGGACAAUUCCUACAGCAACCGUGGCUGCCCUCCCGGGACUGACAGCUGCUUCUCCCACGGGGGGAAUUUUCAAGCCACCUUUAGCCGGUCUGCAAGCAGCCGCCGUGCUGAACGCCGCCCUCCCGACACCCGUACAAGCUGUCCCGCCGGUCCAGGCCUCCUCGCCCACCCAGCCUCGGCCAGCGGCCCAGCCCCAGACGCUGUUCCAGACCCAGCCGCUGCUGCAGACCACGCCGGCCAUCCUACCGCAGCCGACAGCUGCCACCGCUACCGCCCCCGCCCCCAAGCCAGUGGACACCCCCCCACAGAUCACCGUCCAGCCUGCAGGCUUUGCGCUGAGCCCAGGAAUUAUCAGUGCCGCUUCCCUUGGGGGACAGACCCAGAUCCUAGGCUCCCUCACUACCACUCCGGUCAUUGCCAACGCCAUUCCCAGCAUGCCAGGGAUCAGCAGUCAGAUCCUCACCAACGCUCAGGGACAGGUUAUUGGAGCACUUCCGUGGGUAGUGAACUCGGCUAGCGUGGCAGCCCCGGCACCAGCCCAAAGCCUGCAGGUCCAGGCUGUGACACCCCAACUGCUGUUGAAUGCCCAGGGCCAGGUGAUUGCGACCCUGGCCAGCAGCCCCCUGCCUCCGCCCGUGGCUGUCAGGAAGGCAAGCACGCCUGAGUCCCCUGCUAAGAGUGAGGCGCAGCCCAUCCAGCCCACGCCGGCCGUGCCGCCGCCCGCCGUGGUCAUCGCCAGCCCGGCCCCGGCCGCCAAGCCGUCUGCCUCUGCUCCCGUUCCCAUCACCUGCUCCGAGACCCCCACGGUCAGCCAGUUGGUAUCCAAGCCACAUACCCCGAGUCUGGAUGAGGACGGAAUCAACUUGGAAGAGAUCCGGGAGUUUGCCAAGAACUUUAAGAUCCGGCGGCUGUCCCUGGGCCUCACGCAGACUCAGGUGGGUCAGGCUCUGACUGCAACGGAAGGCCCAGCCUACAGCCAGUCAGCUAUCUGCCGGUUUGAGAAGCUGGAUAUCACGCCCAAGAGUGCCCAGAAGCUAAAGCCAGUGCUGGAAAAGUGGCUGAACGAAGCCGAACUCCGGAACCAGGAAGGGCAGCAGAACCUGAUGGAGUUCGUGGGAGGUGAGCCCUCCAAGAAACGCAAACGCCGCACCUCCUUCACCCCCCAGGCCAUAGAGGCUCUGAACGCCUACUUCGAGAAGAACCCGCUGCCCACGGGCCAGGAGAUCACCGAGAUUGCUAAGGAGCUCAACUAUGACCGCGAGGUCGUGCGGGUCUGGUUCUGCAAUCGGCGCCAGACGCUCAAGAACACCAGCAAGCUGAAUGUCUUUCAGAUCCCCUAGGGCUCGGCCCCCAGCCCUGUGUUCCAGCACUUUGUACAUUUCCCUUGGCCCCUGGCUGCGGCCACUGCUGUGACGGCACCUGUCAUUCCGCCACGUGCAGCUGCGCUGGUCCUGGGUCGUGAGACUCCACUGUGUGCAUGUGCGUUCACUGCCUCCCUUCUCUCCUCCAUGCAGCUCACAUCACGGGGAGGGCAGAGGGGCCCACCUGCGAGCUCCAGGCUCGGGGCUGGUCACGUCAAGGGAUCCCUCCCUUAAGUGGUGUCACUUAAAGAAGCACUUUGCUUAUGUGGUUUUUGAAGGGUGAAUUCUGGUUGGGAACCAGAAACUCCCCAUGUCUGGGGCAGGGCUGCGACAGCCCCUGUGUACCACUGGCCCUUAGCUCUUGUCUUUGAUGGCAUUCUUUCUCCACCCUCUCUUCCCCUCUGCUCCUCUGUGGAAGUGUCACAGGUACCAGCAGCUUGUCCAGCGGAACCACAGCCUCGACUCCCACCCUUUGCCUGCAGGUACCCUGUCCUUGAAAGGACCCAAGAGGCACAGUUCCAAAAAGUGUGAUGAGCUGCUCAGAAGGUGAGGCUCAAUUUCUGCCUUGCCCUCAAGGUCAGAAGGUUCCCGCAGCCCCCGGGGCCAGAACGUGUGAUCUCCUUUCCCACUUCUCCCUGCUUCCUUUGGGGGGAAAUUGCACUAAAGCAGAACCCAUUCAUUUGUAAUCCAGGUGGAAGGAAGCAGCUUUGAACUCUGGCCGUCCUGGAGUGGACCUGGGUCUACGGCAGGUUGGGAACUUAAUAGAUAAACCCAUCCUUUCCGAUUUUAAUCUAAACCCUGCCUGUGGCUGUCUCCCCCACUAGACAGUGAGGGGGAAAGAACCGGCAGCCUGGAAAAUCCCACUGCCCAAGCUCACAGCACCCCGGAGAGAAAUGAGGAAAGGAAUGCUGACUCUCUCUUGUCCUCCCAUUCACCCCCAACCCAGUGCUGGGCCUUCUCAGAGGGCCAUGUGAAACCCUAAACCAGACAGCAAGGCCCUGGGGAAAAGGCCAACAUCCAGAAAGAAUGGAUGGCAGCCCAGGAAAGUCUCUUGUGGAAGGUGACUUAACUCUAAUUUUCUUGGUGACUUCGAGCCUUGGAUACUGGAGGAGAAAUCUUGUUUUGUCUGGAGUCUUAGACCAUGUGUUUGUGCAAACAACCCCCCCGCCAACUGUCCCCGCCCGCCAGAGCUCCUCUGAGUCAAGAAUACACCCCGAAGCAGGGUGGGUUUUACCUGUAGAGAGGACAGUGGUGGCCCACUGGAGGGGGCAGCCCAUCCAAGCUGCUAAGUGAGUUUCCCAGCCUCGCUGUGGCUGGACAACCUCUGGCACUCAGUAUAUUACCCCGGGAGGUGGGGAGAGCACUAAGAGGCUUGCUUAGAUGAAGCUAGGCUCACUGUGUAGACCGUCCCCAAGGACCACAAAUCACAGAGCCAGGUCUCCAGCAACUGCCCUCCAUGGCACCUCACACGAUAUGCCCUGACAAAGUGGCUGCCAGGCCAGGGCACAUCCUGCCUCCACUGGUCACUGGCACAGAGUCGCCUCCUCAUCUGGCUUCCUCUGGCUUGUUUCUUGCCUACAGCUGGUUCCUGUCUGGCCCUACAACACCAGAGAGGCCACUCUCUUGGUAGCCCUGCCAGCGAGAGGACAAUUGUGUGUCAAAUUUCCCCCAACUCUCCUAUGCACACACACACUCCUGCCCCACUGCAUUUGGACCGGCCAAACUUUCCAGAGUGUGGUGGGAAUGAGGAAGCAGGCGGGCACCCUGCCUGCCCCAAGGCUCCCGGGAGAGAAUACAUCUCCAAGGGGGAGGCUUCAUGCUCAAGUUCAGGCUUAUCCACCUGUGUCAGUGAGAUGAGGGGCUCACUUGGGAAGGGCAUUGUAAACAAGUUUUCAGCAAGAAGAGUUGGAGUACUGGGGUUUGAAGGAUUCAGGGACUUACACUUCCAUAAAUUUGGGAGACACAGGCUUUCACCCACAAACACUUGUGUUCAGAUAUGCUUUCUUUUUUGGGGAGAGGCAAGUGGGUCACAGCUGGAGCCCUGCGAGGAGCAUAUAAUCCAGGGUGUGUCCGAGUGUAUAUGCAGGACGAUACCAUCUGUCCUGGUCUGUGAAAAGAAGAUAAUGAAGUCCUGGUCUAAAUUAGGCCUGGCCACGCUCUCUCAGCUCCUCCCUUGUCUAAAUCUGUCUUCCCAAGGCUGGGUUAGAACGACACCAUUUUCUCCUCUGAAGGAAGGAUGAGUAGGUCAUUCAGAGGAAUGAAACGGGCAGAAUUUUUGCAGGCUGAAUUCCCCAGGUAGGGGGUGCAGAGUGUCCCAGAAGCUCCCCCCAGUGUAGAGCCCUCGGGGAACAGCUAUCCGUACCAGAGGUGGGUUUUCUGUUUUGUUUCUGGUAGCAUCUGGUUCUGAGGGGUGUCGAUAUGAAUUUUGUUUUGCAGUCAAAUGCUCUACCACUGAGCCAUACCCCCAUGAAUUUUGUUUUGAAAGCACCUUUCUGGACGGAAGCCAGAGCUUAGUGGCUCCUUUGCCAUGAAAAGGCAGGAGAGAGGGCAGAAAUGGUUUAACUGUUUGUGUGUGGUCUUGUUUGUUGGUUUUUGUUUUAAAUGAAAGAAACAUGAAAACUUCCUACAGGCUGGUGAAUCAGCUGGGGUCUUUGGCCCUGCACCAUCCAUAGCAUUUUAUCUACGGGGGCAACCGGGAAAGAAUUUGGCCAAAUGGAUUGAGGACCGCACUUGAAUUUGGAAUGAGAGUCCCUGACGUUUUUGUGUCCUUGGAGACCCAGUCACCCUCCAGUCACCUUCCUCUGCCUAGACUCCCUUCCUGUCUCAUAAGCCAGGCUCUGACACUGAGGUCCUGACUCUUCCCUGACAUGGGGCAAAGCCUGCUGAGAGCUGGAGCGCGGGGUGGGGAGGGGGAAACUGGGAUGUAGUUGUGUGGAAUAAACAGUAUUUUUCUUUUGUA